CGCCGACGGCAGCAUAUCAGCCCGGCUGGGACGGAACCACAGCCGAGAGAGAGCCCUCCCCGCAGGCCUGGAUAACAUCUGUUACCCGCAGAUCAAGGUGUGCUUGGUGCUUAUCAAACAAUGGAUGGUUGAUAAAUAAGAAAUAUUGACAUUGAAAUUCCGAGGACUGAGCACCACUUUACGAAGAUUGAAUUUUUUUAAUUUCCAUUUAUUUCAUCCACUUAUUCGCGUCACUCUCCUGAUAAAGAAGCGAAUUCUUUUUUUCCUUUCGGGGGGAUUUUGCGAAGUUCUUUGCCGUAGGCAUUCACACCUUUGGAAAGGAUUCGAUUUUGAUUCUCCCUCGUAGUACUUGUUAGAUAUUUUUUUCCUGCAAAGAGUUUUCUCGGGGAUGUUGAGCUCUGUGAAGAUGGAAUCCCACGAUCUCCCGGAGUGGAAUACCUUCUACAGCGAGGCAAGCGAGAUGUACUCUUCCGCCAGCACCAUGAACUCGGGCCUCGGCUCCAUGGGUUCCAUGGGACCCAUCAACAGCUACAUCAACCUGAACCCGGCCGUGCCCCCCUCCUCGGGCAUGAACAUGGCCUACCCCUCCUCCAGCCUGAGCAGCUCCCCUCUGCCCUCCAUGGGCGGUGGCCCCACCCACAUGUCCCUAUCUCCCAUCACCUCCUCCCUCAACCCGGGAGCCCUGGGCCAGCUGGGCUCCUCGGGCCCCGGCUCCCUGGGCUCGCUGUCCCACUACCAGAACAUGGGCCAGCCCAUGGGCCAGCUGGGCUACCCCUCCCCCGGCUCCAUCAGCCGGGCCGGCCCCAAGGAGGUGCCCAAGCCGUACCGCCGCUCCCUCACCCACGCCAAGCCGCCCUACUCCUACAUCUCCCUGAUCACCAUGGCCAUCCAGCAGAGCGGCAGCAAGAUGCUCACCCUCAACGAGAUCUACCAGUGGAUCAUGGACCUGUUCCCCUACUACCGCGAGAACCAGCAGCGCUGGCAGAACUCCAUCCGCCACUCGCUCUCCUUCAACGACUGCUUCGUCAAGGUGGCCCGCUCGCCCGACAAGCCCGGCAAGGGCUCCUACUGGGCGCUGCACCCCAACUCGGGCAACAUGUUCGAGAACGGCUGCUACCUGCGGCGGCAGAAGCGCUUCAAGAUCGAGGAGAAGGCGGCGGCCAAGAAGGCGGGCAAGAGCCAGGAGGGCGGCGGCGGCGGCGGCGGCGGCGGCGGCGGGAAGGGGGCCCACGGCGGGGACAGCAUGUCCGAGGUGCACAGCCCCGCCGGGGGCUCGGAGGGCGCCGACUCCACCCACUCGGACCACUCCCACCCGGGCUCCUCCUCGGACGACCAGCAGCACCGCCGGGGCCCCCUGAUGGACUGCGCUCCCCCCCCUCCCCCCUCCGCGCACCCCCACAGCCCGGCGGGCGCCCUGCCGCCCGCCUCCUCCGCCUCCCUCAUCGCCCCGUCCCCGCUCUCCCUGUCCUCCGCCUGCCCCUCCAACGCGCUGCUCCACCCGCAGUCCCUGGGCGGCGGGGCGCACCUCCUGCCGAACCCCAUGCAGCAGAACAUGGACAUGCAGACGGAGGCCCUCAAGUCCAUGGACCCCCACUACAACUUCAACCACCCCUUCUCCAUCACCAACCUCAUGUCCAACGAGCAGCGCAUGGACCUGAAGACCUACCAGGACCAGGUGAUGGCCUACAACGGCUACGCCGGCGGCUCCCCCAUCGCCGCCAAGCAGAUCUACGAGAGCCCGGGGCCCGUGUCCAUGGACUCGGGGGCCUACUACCAGACCCUGUACAGCCGCUCCGUGCUCAACGCCUCCUAAUAUGGACGUCCUUCCUUCCUUCCUUCUUGGCUGCAGCCAGCUAAGAUGGAGGACGGUGGUGGUGGUGGUUGUGGUGUUGGCUCGGAGGAUUGCUCCCUCUCUUUUCUUUUCUACAAAAUGGACAAAUACGCUUUCACUAUCUCUUUUAUUAUUCGCUUUCUCUCUCUCUCUCUCUGUCUGUCUGUCUCUCUCUUUAUCUCUCUUUCUCUCUCUCUCUCUCUCUCUCUCUCUCUCUCUCUCUCUCUCUCUCUCUCUCUCUCUCUCUCUCUCCCUCUCCCACUCCCUCUCUCUCUCUCUCUCCCUCUCUCUCCCUCUGGCCUGCAGCCAGCACUCUCUGAUAGGGAUGUGAAGUGGUGGGGCACAGACCUAAAAUGGCCGCUAGGUUUCAGGACCAACGAAUGUUUUUUUUUGUUUGAACAACUCUAAACGGACUGAGAGUUUGAGCGAAAGUCUUUAGAAACCUUCCAGCCGUCCACCUGGGGACAAUGACAUUCUUCCUGUCCAAACCCAUCCAUCCUCGCGCCCCUGGCCCUUAAUGAUCUACUUUUUUAUUCUUGUGCUCUACGUUGAAAACAAAUCCAUCCUCAUUAAGCAUGAAGUGUCUCUUAUCCUUGUGUAAAUUGUAAAUAUACGUAAUGUUUGGGGGUAAAAAAAAAAAGGAUAUUUGCAUUUAUUUAUGAAGGGAAUAAAUUUUAAUAUAUCGUGUAUAGUGCUGUGCUGAGCAGUGACAAACCAAAUGUGAGGUUUUUGAAGUUAAGGCCAUAGAAAUAGAAGGAGCUAGAGACAGACAGAGGGGAUGACGAGUCUUAGGUUACUGCUUUGAGCAGGUGUUACUGGAUUAGAAUACAGUGAAGUUUAUAUUUGUGUUACAUCAUCCCUUGUUUUAACUCUUUUGUACUAUGGGGACAUGCUGUCACCGUGUCUCUCAAACCACACGUCCGUCCUCUCAAACAGCGAUUUCCGUGUCAGGGGAAAGGCUGAAUUAAUUUGGUUUUGUACGGAGAACCGUUUCUGACCUGCACCAGGGGAAGCAAACUAAAAACUGAAGGAAAGAGAGAAAAGUAACUGUGGUAAAUGGUGUGUUUGCUUUUGUUUCAUUUAUUUUAUAUUUUUUCAUCUCUUUUUCUAUUGUUACCUACAAGAGCGUCGUUGUCUACAGAAUCCAAAAUACAUAUUUUCCCAUCAACUGUCACAUUUUGAAAAAAAAUACUUCAUAGACCCACUUGUGUGCGCAUGUGUGAGUGUGUGUGCGUGCAUGUGAGAGUGCAUGAGUGAUUGAGUGGCUAGGAGUACUAUCAGUUACUAAAGACAUUUGGGUAAGGGGUUUGAGGUGCACGGUGGGACGAUUUACAUACAGUACUUUGCACCCCCCCCCCCUCUCCAGGGUGAUCCCUGAUAGUGGGUGUGUUACGAACAAUGCUAGGAGAACAAGCUUCUCUCCGCAGUGAAUGGGUCCACUCAAUACUCUGUUGUCACGAUGACCGCGUCACCUUUCUGGUCUCAUGUCACCCAAAGCCUGUCAGAACGUAAAAAAAACAAAACUAAAAGUUGUCUGUUUCUUAAAGCGGUGGUUGCAGAGGUCCACAACUUGGCCGUUGUGUUAUUGAAGGAUUGAGAAGAGCUGAAGAGCAUAGGGGACGCAGAAGGUUUGUGUUGUCCUCUGUGAUGUGUGUCUUAGCAGAAGAAAAAGGAAAACAAGGAAAAACAGCCAAGAAAAAGAGGUUCAACGCCCCGAGAUGCUUUAUUUAAGCUAUGUGUCUUCUUGAGCUCUGGAAAAGUUUGUUUAUAUAAUAUAUUGUUUUGUUUCGUUGUUUCGUUGUCGAUGUGAAUGUUGUGAUCGAAUUGAUUUGUGUUUCACUUUUUUUUUCUUAUUAAAAGAGGCAAAAAUGUGGGGAGAAAACUGUGCGUUUGCGUUCGUUACUUUGCAUCAAUAUUACCGAACUUCACGACAAAUGUUCAACUUUAGUCCUUACUAUAGUCAAUAAACUUUCUUUUAUUCAGCAAA